CAGGGCUUCCCAGAGUCCGCAGAGCAGCUGGAAGCGCUGAAGCAGCUGGGGCUCAACUUGGACCAGGUGCUGCUGCUGCAGGUAGGUGAGGAGGCGGACGUGACGGAGACUCUGCAGUCGCGGGGCCUGAGCUUGGAGCCCCCGCAGACCCUGGAGAAUCAGCUGGCUGCCUUCGAGGGCCUGAGGGCCGUGGACGGCCUCCGCUUGAUGGAUGUGGCUUUGGAGGUCGACGAGGAAGAGCAGUUUGCGCAGAUCAGGAAGCACAUCGACCCAUUCUACGAGGUUGUCGAGGACGAGACCAUGGCGGCCGAGAUUCCCGACCCUGAGGAGUGGACGCCCGAGGAGGUUGAGGACGGCGCUGAGCCGGCGGAGCGGCCCGUGAUCUCCUGGGGCUGCUGCGGGCCGUACUGCCCAGUGACCUUGAAGGAGCGCUGGCUCUAUCCCGGGCAGAAGGACUUCCAGCACGUCUACCGGAACAAGGUCUUUGCCCUAGCCAACGAGGCGGCCAGUCAGGCCUUCGUCAAGGAGCCGGUAAGCUUUGUGCCAACCAAAGAGCCGGCUUUGCCGCCGCCGCGGAUCCUCAUCACCGGGCCCACCGGGUCCGGCGUGGCGAAGCAGUGUGAGAUGCUGAGCGAGGUCUACAAAAUCCCCGUGCUGAAGCUGGAGGAGAUUUGGAGGAUUGGUCCUAUGUAUCCUUUACCAACAACUCGAGUCUUGGGGUACGGGAGGACCAAGGUCCAAGAGCGGCUGGAGCGGGUGAAGGAUGCCCGGAAGGAGCAAAUGAGGCUGGAUGCCUUGCUGCAGCCGAUGCUAGAGGAUGACAAGCCGCUCUUCCCUGAGGGCUGGGUGCCGCAGGAGGAGAAGCCUGCUGACCCGGAAGAAGAAGAGGGGCAAGCGCCAGAACCCGAGGAGGAUGGCCUGGACGACGAGCAGCGGGAGGAGCUCUUCGUGCAGGCCAUGAAGGACGCCUUAGGGCCCCACUGCGGCGCUUGCAUUUUGGACGGCACAUGGUUUGGUGACUUGGCGGACGAGGAGAUGGCGGAGGAGAUCAAAGCUGCCAGGUCUCUGCCGAACUUGCUAACCAAGGCAAAGCGUCUUCCGGACCUCACAGUGGUUCUGAAGUGUCGGAAUGACUUGGCGGCCAAGAACACCUUUGACUUCGAGGCCAUCGACAAAGACUACGAGGAGCGCCUGGUGGCGUACCAGGCCCAAGUCACAGCGGCCGAGGCAAAGGAGGAGGAUCCUCCUGAGGCCCCAGAGGGUCUGGUCGUGGACGGCGAGGAGAAGGAAUCUGAGCGCGUCAAGGCGCGGUUCGUGGAGCAGAAGGCGCAGCAGCAGCAGCUGCUCAAGGACCUGGCGGAGGCGCUCCAAACAGCCCGGGCACCCUUCCAGAAGGUGUCUUCAGACCGGGGGGAUGAGCCGACGCACAAGGCAGUGAGGUUUCAUUGCCGCCCCUUCGUGGAGCAUCGCAGCAGCAUGCUCAUGAAGCACCAGGUCACCAAGGCUGCUCCAGCGCUGGCUUCGGACCUGCUGCGCAGAGGCUUGGCAAGGCCCUCACGCUUCAGCAGCCCGCGGCCGGACUCCACGGCCUUUUGCAGCGCCGUGCUGUGCGGUCGUAUCUAUUAUUUCGAGACCGAGGAGGAGCGUGCCCAGUUCAUGGAGCGGCCCGCUGAGUUCCUCAGCAACCCAGGCUCCAGCGUGGUGGCAGUUCGCCCGGCAGUGUGCGUGCUGGGCGGCCCGCUGAGCGGCAAGACCAACGUGGCCAAGCAGUUGGCCACGAGGACGGGUGCGGUGUACAUUUCCGUGCCAGAGGUCCUCUCCGGGCUGUCGGCGGCUGUGCCGUGGCAGCUUUCCAAGGACAUCGCGGAGUCCCUGAGGCGGCAGCGCCUCUCAGAUGACCAGGUGAUCCAGGCCUUGCGGUUCCGGCUCCUGUCGCCAGAUGUGCUGCAACGGGGCUGGGUGCUGGACGAUUUCCCCUGCACCGUCGGGCAGGCAGAGGGCCUGGCGCAGCUGGGGGUAGUGCCGCACCAAGUGCUGGUGCUGGACGCCCCGGAGGCCGCGAUCUUCUCCCGGUGCCAGGCGCUGACGCAGGCUAUGCGGCCAGGCACCGAGCUGCAGCAGGAGCUAGCGCUGCAGCGGGAGCGCCUGGAGGGCUUCCGCCGCCACAGCGGCGCCGUGCGCGUCUUCUACUCCAUGACCUUCGGCAACCUCUGCGACAUCGACGCCUCCAGGUCCAGCUGGGCAAUCUUUGACCGAGCGCUGCAGGAGACCCAGGCAAGCUGCCGCCGGCGCUCGGAGUACUACCGCCGCACUGCGCAAGGCCUGGCGGCGAAAGUGGCCGGUAUGGCCUUCCCGGCGACGCGAUUGAAGCGUGCCUCCGCCUGGAAGCAAUACUGCCCGGUCACCUUGGCCUUGGCCAACGAGCUCAUGCCAUGCUACGAUCCCAACUUUGCAGUGGAGCACAAGUCCAAGGUCUACUGGACGGCAUCUGCGGAGUACGCGGAGCUCUUCGCACAAGACCCUGAGGCCUUCCUCCAGGUUCCGCUGCCCAAGACCCUCCCCAAGUUGCUGGAUGAUGGCGAACGGACCAAGAAGAACGGGUUCCCGGUGGAGCUGGGCGGCUUUUGCCCCGUGAUGCUUGUGGAGAAGGGCCAGUUGCAGAAGGGCUCCCGCUACUUCAUGGUGGAGUACAACUCGUGCCUAUACCGCCUUACCAGCCGGGAGGCGUGUGCCAAGUUCCUGCGCCGACCGCUGCGCUUCUCGCGAGCAAAGCUGCCCCAGAAGCUUCCUCCGGAGGUCUCAACGGAGGAGAGGCAGGCAUCCCAUCUGCUGAGCGCCUUGGUGAAGGGCAAGGACGGAAGAGGGCUGCAGCCUUCAGACAUGGUCACCUAUAUGCAGGCGCGGCGCGGCGGUCACCUAUAG